GGGCUGCAGAUCGCUUUAUGCCUUAUAUUCAAAGUGAGAAAAGUUUAGAGAGGAAGUGGUUGCAUGAAUCAGCUCCGGCGUCGAGAUUUGGAGUGAGUCCCUGGAGAUCCACAAGUUAGUCUGACUGGGAGGAAGCUGAGGCAUCGAGAGAGCCGUCACCCAGCUGUUCAGUGGCGCCGUCUAAUCUCGCCUCAACUUUCUCAACUCUGUGGCUUUUUGUUCCCUGAACCCGUUUACAAAAUGAAAUCUUGUCUCCUAAAAACCAGGAAGUAAGCUCAGCACGCGGCCAAGAUGGGAGGCAUUCAGAGGCUCCACACGAUUCUGAUUAGCUUGUUUCCUCCAGUUUCUAAGCUUCCAGGACAUUAGAGAGUGAAGAGUUGUAAGAAACAGGAAUAGAAGAUGAACAAACCCAUAACUCCAUCGACAUAUGUACGCUGCCUCAACGUUGGACUCAUUAGAAAGCUGUCAGAUUUUAUUGAUCCUCAAGAAGGAUGGAAGAAGUUAGCUGUAGCUAUUAAAAAACCAUCUGGUGAUGAUAGAUACAAUCAGUUUCACAUACGGAGAUUUGAAGCAUUACUUCAUACUGGAAAAAGUCCCACUUCUGAGUUGCUGUUUGACUGGGGUACCACUAAUUGCACAGUUGGUGAUCUUGUGGAUCUUUUGGUACAAAAUGAGUUUCUUGCCCCUGCAAGUCUUUUGCUGCCAGAUGCUGUUCCCAAAACUGUGAACACAAUACCUUCUCAAGAAGCUGUAACAGUUCAGCAGAAACAGGUAUCUCUCUUUGACAAAGUCAGGACAUCUGUGAUGCCAGUGCAGAAUCCUGAACUAAACUAUAUGCCACCUGACUCCUCAAGUGCAGAAAAUGAAAGUUUAGAAGUUAGUGAUACACGUUUUCACAGUUUUUCAUUUUUCGAAUUGAAGAAUGUCACAAAUAACUUUGAUGAACGACCCCUUUCUGCUGGUGGUAACAAAAUGGGGGAGGGAGGAUUUGGAGUCGUGUAUAAAGGCUGUGUGAACAACAGAACUGUGGCGGUGAAGAAGCUUGCAGCAAUGGUUGACAUUAGUACUGAAGAACUGAGACAACAGUUUGAUCAAGAAAUAAAAGUAAUGGCAAAGUGUCAACAUGAAAACUUAGUAGAACUACUUGGUUUCUCUAGUGAUGGAGAUGGUCUCUGCUUAGUAUAUGUUUACAUGCCCAAUGGUUCAUUGCUUGACAGACUGUCUUGCUUGGAUGGUACUCCACCAAUUUCUUGGCACAUGAGAUGCGGGAUUGCACAAGGUGCAGCUGAUGGCAUCGGUUUUUUACACGAAAACAAUCAUAUUCACAGAGAUAUCAAAAGUGCAAAUAUCUUACUAGAUGAAAACUUUAUAGCCAAAAUUUCUGACUUUGGGCUUGCACGGGCUUCUGAGAAGUUUGCCCAGACAGUCAUGACUAGCAGAAUCGUGGGAACAACAGCUUAUAUGGCACCUGAAGCUUUACGAGGAGAAAUCACACCCAAAUCUGAUAUCUACAGCUUUGGUGUGGUUUUACUAGAAAUAAUAACUGGACUUCCAGCUGUGGAUGAACACCGUGAACCCCAGUUACUGCUAGAUAUCAAAGAAGAAAUUGAAGAUGAAGAAAAGACAAUUGAAGAUUAUAUCGAUCUGAAGAUGACUGACAUUGAUUCCAGUUCAGUUGAAACUAUGUACUCUAUUGCUAGUCAAUGUCUGCAUGAAAAGAAAAAUAAGAGACCAGACAUAAAGAAGGUUCAACAGCUGCUGCAAGAGAUGACAACUUCAUGAUUUCUUAAAACUUUAUUGGAAUAGACUCUUGGCUUUUUACAUACAGCUAUACAAAUCAUUUUUUAUAAAUUAAAUAUUUUUGUAAACAUUCUUCUUUUAACUAGGCAGCAGAGUAUAGUGUAGUGAUUUUCAAACCAAACCAUGUACAACAGAUAAAAGUACUUGGCAUUAUCAACACUUAGCCCUACCCUCUUUAGUGUCAUCCACAGUUCCUGCAGUAAUUCCUGAGACAUCUAUUUGGAACUUUAGGGUUACACUGAACACAGUUUGGAAACUAUGAGAUUAGCAAAAAAAAACACUGGGAUAUAAAGUCAAAAGACCUUGGCCCAAAGCCCACCUCAACUACUAAUUUGCUCUAGAGCUUUGGGCAAUCUCAGCUCCUUUGAGCCUCAAGUUUUUGUUACCUGUAACACUGGAUGAAUUAAUACCUUCUGUGCCUCUCUGACAGAUAGUCAUGAAAAUCAAAUGAUGUAGAAUAUUACAAGCACUUUGUAAAAUGUAAAGUGCUAUGAAAUGUAAAGAUUAUAAAGCCAAAUAUAUAAUUCUAUUACAGUUGUAUGUUUAUGGGAUCACGUUCACAGUUUGCUGUUUUAAGUACUCAUUCACCACAAAUCAAAUAUCCCCUGAUGAUACUCUCAUGAUAUGCCCAUGAGUAGAUCAUGUUAUAUGGCAAAGGUGAUGGAAUUUUGCAGAUGUAAUUAAGGUCCCUAGUCAGCUGACUUUGAAUAAUCAAAAGGGAUAUUUUCCUGGGUGGGCCUGACCUAAUCAGGUGAGCCCUUACAAGAAGUCAGGUUCUCCUACUGGCCUUGAAGAAGUAAGUUACCAUAUUGUGAGAGGGCCACAUUUGCUACGACCUGAGAAUGGCCUCUAGGAGCUGAGAACUAUCCCGAGCUAUCAACAAUAGAAAAAACAGGGACGUUAUUGUACAGCUGCAAGGAACUGAAUUCUGCCAAUAACCUGAAUAAGUUUAGAAGAUCUUCAGAUAAUACUGCAGCCCUACCUUGACUUCAGCCUUAUGAGACCUGAAAAAAGAAUCUAUCUGACUUGCACCUGGCCUUCUGACAUACAGAACUGUGAGAUAAUAAAUGAGUGUUUGAAGCCACUAAA